AUGGAUGAUUGCGGAAUCCCUGAAUCCAUGGACUUUUUCAAAAUAUCUAGAAACAUCAAAAAGGCACUUUGGGAUUGCAAUCACCGUGGUCGUGUUGAUGUCAGAGGUUAUGGUCGUAACGAGGUGUUUGGAGUCCCUCGCUUCGCAGGUCGUGACCUUGUGUUACAAGAUGAUGCGGGUGUUUACUCUCCCUUUCCCCCAGAAGAAGCAAGUGUAGAACCGAUGCUGAAGAAGGUUUUUGUUGAUGUUUUGGCAUGGGCCUUGCACAAUCCUUCUCCUGCGCACAUCCUUUUCAUCGCCGGAGACAUGACUCUUCACAACUACGGUCUCCUUUACAAUCUUAAGCUGUCAGGAUACAACAUACUCUUAGGAUCUCGGCCAAAGCCCAAUCCAAAGAUUAUCGAUCAUCAGUUUGGUGCGCUCACAUCGACAUUGUGGUACUGGUGUCUGUUAUUACAGGGUAAAUUCCCUGUGACAGUGAGUCUUCCCAUAUUGCCUGGAUCACAGGAAGGUCACCUGGAAGGAGUUGUCUCCUUGAAAGGGAGACUUACUGAUCUAUAUUCACCUCCAAGGAGAAACGCAGACUUGGUCUUGGUUCUUGAAAAUAUAUUGAAACGCAGACUUGGUCUUGGUUCUUGA